AUGGCUACAUCCGUUUUCGAUCGAAGACUUAAUUUUAGUUUUUCAAGUUCAACUCAAUCACCACCACCCGCUGAAGGUUUUAUGCCAGGAGUUUCGGAAUCAAGAUUUAUAAAAAAUACUUCCGAGGAUGCAUUAAAUAAUCGGGAAUUAUUAGAAUUUGGUGUUUUAGAUGGAGAGACAAAGAAGAUGAAUUUAUUUCAAUCUAUAAAUGAUGCGAUGAGAAUUACAUUAGCUACGGACGAGACAGCUGUCAUUUUUGGAGAAGAUGUAGCUUUCGGUGGUGUAUUUAGGUGUACUUUAGGGUUAACUGAAAUUUUUGGUAGAGAUCGAGUAUUUAAUACUCCAUUAACGGAACAAGGAAUUGUAGGAUUUGCUAUUGGUAUGGCGUCAAUGGGACAUACUGCAAUUGCAGAAAUCCAAUUUGCAGAUUAUAUUUAUCCGGCAUUUGAUCAAAUUGUUAAUGAGGCCGCUAAAUAUAGAUAUCGUUCAGGAGGCAUAUUUAAUGUUGGUGGAUUGUUAAUAAGAGCACCUUGUUCUGCUGUAGGACAUGGAGGACAUUAUCAUUCUCAAUCUCCCGAAGGAUAUUUUGCUCAUACUCCCGGUAUAAAGAUUGUAAUUCCCAGAAGUCCACUUCAAGCAAAAGGUCUUUUACUGGCAUCAAUAAGGGAUCGAAAUCCUAUAAUAUUUUUAGAACCAAAGAUAUUAUAUCGAGCAGCUGUUGAAUACGUACCUAUGGGCGAUUAUGAAUUACCAUUGGGUAAAGCAGAAAUUUUAAAAUCAGGGAAAGAUGUUACAGUAGUUGGUUACGGAUCUCAAAUUUAUGUUUUAGAGAAUGCUAUACGAAUGGCGGAAAAAAAGAUUUCAGGUUUAUCUUGUGAACUUAUUGAUUUGAGAACAAUUUUACCUUGGGAUGUUGAUACAGUAGUAAAGUCUGUUAAUAAGACAGGUAGAUUAGUUAUUGCUCAUGAAGCACCUCAAACUUCAGGAUUUGCAGCUGAAAUUGCGACAACUAUAACGGAAAAUUGUUUUUUAAGACUUGAAUCACCUAUUCAAAGAGUUUGUGGAUGGGACACACCAUUUCCGCUUGUAUUUGAAAAAUUUUAUGUUCCUGAUGUGAUCAGAUGUUUUGAUGCCAUAAAGGAAGUUAUAGAGUUUUAA